AACCCUGUAAACUACAGUUAUCUUUUGCCAUAUGUGGCGUACUGGAGAAACUUGCAUUUCCAUUGCCUGACUGAAAAUGAGUAUGAAGAUGAAGAAGCUGCAGAGGAGUUUAAAAUUUCCAGCUUUGUAGACAUGGUUCGAGAUUGUAGUCGAAUCGGAAUUCCUUACAGCUCCCAAGGUCAUCUACAGAUAUUUGAUAUGUUCAUUGUAGAAAAGUGGCCAGUCGUGCAGGCCUUUGCACUGGAGGGGAUCGGUGGCGAUGGCUUUUUUACCAUGAAAUAUGAGUUAAUGGAUGUCAGCAUGGAUCUAUGGAAAACAUACAGCAAAAUGGAUCCUGUUUCCCUGGAGGACUUGCUUUUUGAGGAUUUAAUGACUUUUGAGCACCAGUGGACCAGCUUUUUUGCUAAUUUCGACACUGAAAUUCCUUUCAUCCUGGAGCUGUCAGAAUCUCAAGCUGGGGAGCCAUUCAGAAGUUACUUCAGUCAUGGAAUGAUUUCAAGCCAUAUAACAGACAACAGCCCUAGCAGACAGCCUUUUGUGCUGUUUGGUAACCACUCAAGUAAAGAGAACCUGGACUCUGGUAACUUUAAUUUUCCAUCUGAGGGACAUCUGGUUCGAAAUACAGGCGUUGGCGGAAGUACUGCUAAGCACAUGGUUGUACAGUGUGUCUCUCCCAAGGGACCUCUGGCUUGUUCAAGGACCUAUGUUUUUGGAACAACUCACAUUCCUUACCUGGGAUAUGACAAUGAGAUGCAUGAGAAAACUAAACAAGUUAGGCUGUUGUCCCAAAUAUAUGCUGCUGUUGUGGAGGCUGUCCUUGCUGGUAUUGCAUGCUAUGCCAAAACUUCCAAUGCAACCAAGGCAAAAGAAACCGCAGAAGAAAUUCUUAUGUGUAUGCUUGAUUCCUUUCAUCUAACACAAUUUAAAACUGCAUUACGCUCCAAAAUAGCUUUUCAGAUUCAGGCUGUGAAUAAUCAUGGAAGAAUUAUUCCAUUGGAUAAUGAGGAUAGCCUGUACUUAGUUAAAACUGCGGCUAUGACAAUAUAUGACAUUCCAGAUUUACUGGGAGGAAGGGGAUGCUUGGGAUCUGUUGUCUUCUCAGAAUCAUUUCUGGCAUCACAGAUAUUUAUAAAGGAAAAAGAUGGCAGUAUUAAUACAGAAACCAGCUACAUCAUUCUUACUGCAGCUAUCCCAAGAUAUGUUUCUUGGCUGAUAGAAGAUAAUGAAGUGAAACUGUCUGAAAAGGCACAACAAAUAGUGAAGGAAGAUGAAUCCUUCCUCGGCACUUUCCUAACAGGAGGUGAUGGAGCAUAUAUUUAUUCUAGCAGUUCACAGGCCAUGCCUGAGGAAGGUAAACUAUACUUCUUUUCAGAUGGCAUUCUGUUUUCCCAUCCCCAUCACGGGAGCAUUACUGUUUCAAAGAAUCAUAUGGAUUCCAUCAAGUUCUAUGAUGGGGAUUCUACCAGUGUUGUGGCUGCUCUUUUUAUAGACUUCAAAAGUUCCUUGCUUGUUCAUCUACCAGUUCAGUUGCAUACCCCGAGCAACUUCUUGAUGAUUGGACUUUUCCCAAAAUCAAAGAUCUAUAAAGCUUUUUAUUCACAGGUUUUCUCCUCAUGGAAACAGACAAACUCAGGAAUAUCUUUAAAGGUGGUCCAGGCAGAUUUCCUAUCUGUAGAACAAAAGAGAUUACACUCCAAUAUACAGAAGCUAUGUAAUGCGUUGUCCUAUCCUGCUGGAGAAAGAUGGAGCCAACUAAAACUGGCUGCUAGCCUCCCAGAACUAGAGAGGUUUCUGCAACACUUUGCUGUCAGCAGUAUAAGUCGUGAGCCAGUAAUGAGAGCACACCUUCCUAUUUUGUUACAACAGUCGGAAAGCAUUCCUGUUAGCAAUGCAGAAAAUAAGGUGGUUAUCACUAUUAUAACAGGGCUUCCGGGCUGUCACUCCAGUGAUCUGUCCGCUUUCCUGGUCACUUUUAACAAGGAGUAUGGAAGGUGGGUUGUUUAUCGGCAAACUAUGGAUAGCCCUGAAUGUUUCAGUGCUGCCCGCUUUCAGCGUUACCUUUCAAGUGUUCUCGAGUCCCAGCAGAACCGCAGCGCACGUCAAUCCAGUUACAGUAGAAAGAAAAUGAGGCUGUUGGUGGUCUUGCAAGGAUAUACAGAUGUUAUUGAUGUUGUACAGGCACUGCAGACUCACCCUGACCCUGAUGUGAAGUCCUCUUUCAUCAUAGGAACAAUUUCUACUUGCGUAGAACCACUUAGCUGCUAUAUGGAACAUAGAUUCCUUUUUCCUAAAUUCCUGGAUCAGUGUUCACAAGGACUGGUGAGCAAUGUGAUCUUCACAAGUCAUACUACAGAGCAGAGACACCCACUCCUUGUACAACUUCAGAGCCUCAUACGAGCAGCAAAUCCUGCUGUUUCAUUUAUCUUGGCAGAAAAUGGCCUCGUAACUAGGUAAUAAUAGUUUCCAGUUCUUUAUGGUUUUCAAGUUGCUGUUCUAAAAAUGGGAAACUCUUACAAGAAAAGCUGAUCCUCUUUGACUUUCACCUAUGAACAGAAAGUUGACUUAGUAUGUAAACCAGAAAAAUGCUUAUUUUUCUUAAUCAUUACUUCCCUGAUAACAGGAUACCUCAUCUGUUCUUAGAAUUUUGACAUUUUGAAAAUGUCAUCUACACUUCAACCAGAUGUUCUGAUACAGCAUGAUUCACUAAGGAUUUAAGUGUCAAAGGAAGACAUUAAAUGGCCAUAAACUAGAAAUAAUGCAGUAUGAUUUAGGAAAAGUUAAGGUUUAAAAUGGAUGUAUCUUUUCAUUUGCAGAGUAAUUUUCAUGUUAGGUUUUUCUUUAUACAGCAAUCAGGUAAAAUUAUCUUUCUACAGAUUGUAGGUUUAUAUUAAUAUUUGUUCCAUUAGAGCUCAAUUGUGCAACCUCUACACACACUGAGUAGCAUAGAUGAGUAGAUCCACUCAACUUUAAUGGGACCAAACUCAAUGAGUAAGUCCUACUCAACAUCAAUAAAAGUUGAAUUGAGGAUCCUAUGAAGUUCAUAUAAGGGCUUUUUUACUGUUAUAUAUUUUAUUUAGUAUAUUUACUUGUAUUUUAGUUGCAAAUAAAAAUUAGUUGAAUAGAGAACUCCUGGUUUUGUUUUUUUUUACAAAAACUUUUAAUGUCUGGAAAAUUGAGAAUAUUUUAAUGUACCAUAAGUAGUAAACAUAUAAUUAUUUUAUUGCAAUCUGACUAGCACAUCCUAAUUUAUGUAAAUAGUUUACAGAUAAAUAACUAUUGUUACUGUGUUCCGUAAAUUAAAAAUCUCAAC